CGGGGAGUGGUAUAAACAACUACUCGCAACUAGAACUCAUGCUCAGUUACACGCACGCUCACACACACACAUACACACACACACCAUGAGUGCAAAGACCUUUGACAACGAUGCUGCUCACGGCAAGAAGGCGCCUUCUCUAGAGAAUUUGGAGUUCGUUCAAGGAGAAGCUCUUCAAUACAGCGAGAAGCUUACUGUGGUUCUUUUCUGGUCCAAAAUCAGCAAGGACGAGUACAAGACCUUCGUUCAGUUCUCCAAGGUCGCCGACAAAUACGAGAAGGACGUGCAGUUCAUUGGCGUCUGUCUCGACCCAAGCAAGAAGGAUGUCGAGGGCUAUCUAUCCAAGAAGGGCACAGAGAUGAAGGAGCUUGAGGUAGACAACCUGGAGUGUUCAUACCCCGUGGCCUACGAUGAAGGCAAGAAGGUGCGUGGCGAGUUCCAAAGCCUAGCUAAUCUGCUGACCAUUGGCUCAGGCAUGGUGUUCGUGGUAGACAAGUCCGGCACUAUCGUGUGGAGGGAACAGUUCUCAAGGAUGUUCAUGCCCAACACAAAGGGACAGCUGACCAGCCAGCUGGAUCUGCUCAUUGCCGGAAAGAAGGUAGAGUACAAGAACGGUGACAAGGAAGAGGAAGAGGAGAGUGAAGAAGAGGAGAUGGGAGGCGAUGGCGAUUUCGAGGAUCCUUUCGACUUCUAAACUGGUUAACGAUAACCUUCUAAUAAUAGUCGGGCGAAUCCAAACGGCAAAGUCACCUUGGUUGCCAAAAUUUCAACAAACAACGUUGGCAGACAACUGGCGCACCACAGGGCGUACUGAUUAAUGAGUGGAAACUACGCCUCUAAUCUGCUAACAUCUUACACAUGUACAGAGUAAUAAAGUCGCAUGGGUCGCGUCUGGCCACACUCUAAUACAUUUAUUUCUACUAUACGGGCGAUCAUAGUGUGCUGCCGAGUACGUUGUUGCUCCAAAUUAUAUAUAUGAAUAUGCGUAUACUUUUUAUCUCGGAUAUUUUAUGAUCGCACCUUCAGCUC